AACUUGGUGAGGCAUCAAAGAAGGAGCUUACUGAUAAUUUUGCUUCUAUACAAUCGCCUAAGCCCAUUACUUACUCUUCUCGAAAGAAAUCUGCUGGCGACUUGUGCCCACAGGGCUUCAUAACAGAUAGACAUAUGCCAGUUCGAAGGAAUAGAAGAAGCUCAUCGCGGGUCCAAACCAUUAUGUUUCCCUGUAAUGAUGGUGGAAAAAAUUCUGGCAGCCAAUUAACCAAUGCAGCUCAGGGUGCAUCUGUACGAAGGAAUAAACGUCUUAGGAAGUCGCCUGAUCUUGCUGGCUGUAAUGAUUUUGAUUCAUCUGCUUUGGUCUUGAAUGAUAACAUGGAGGACAAAGGCAACAGCUCUGAAAUUCUUACAAUUGAUUCUGAUGAAUUUAGCCUGAAUGAGGAUAGUGCAAUGGAUUCAAAUUUUAAACACACGGAAACUAUUGAAUGCCCUGAAGAAGAUGAGCUGAACAAAGGCCUUGAUCUUAAAAUAAAGGGUGUGGUCAAUAAGAAGAAAAGAAACCACAAUAGGAAGAGGGCAACCAAUGAUUCUACCAAGCCAACCAUUGAGUCUUCUAAGCCAACCGUUAGACUUGAGGAGGAACUUGGUUUGCGGAAUUCCAGUCAAAGUUCCCAGAAUAUUUGCAGAAAUUCUGAAGAAAGAUGCUUUGAGCAAGAUGGAGAUGAACACCUGCCCCUUGUGAAACGAGCAAGAGUCAGAAUGGGUAAAUCAUCUUCCACAGAGGGAGAACUCAAUAGCAUUCUACAUGCUCCAGUGAAAAGCUAUAAGGAAGAUAUUAGCCCGCCUUCCCAGAUGAUAGAUUCCUCAAAUCCCGAAAAUGGAAGCAAUGCUCCAGGGAAAAGCUGUAAGGAAGAUAUUAGCCCACCAUCCCAGAUGAUAGAUUCCUCAAAUUGUGAAAAUGGAACCAAUGCUCCAGGGAAAAGCUUUAAGGAAGGUAUUAGCCCACCAUCCCAGAUGAUAGAUUCCUGGAAUCGUGAAAAUGGAAGCUCUCUUGAUGCAGGCUCAUCCGUCCUGAUUGGAACUGUGGAAAGUUUUUCUCCUUCAAAGAAUUUUGCACCAUGUUUUGAAAAUCAGAUUUGUAAUAAUAAGAGAGAUCAAACAUUCUGCUCUGUGGAUUGUGAAGCUGCUUUACCUCCAUCUAAACGUCUUCAUCGAGCUUUAGAAGCCAUGUCAGCUAAUGCUGCGGAAGAAGGUCAGGCUCGCAUAGAAUCAUCAGCCUCCAGAAUGACAUCAAUUGGCACAUGCUGUAUAUCUGCUAUCAAGACAAGCCAAAAUAUGACUAUUAAUGAUCAUGAAGGUGGUAGUUUAGAGCUGCAAAAGUUCAAUGCCUGUGAUGGUGAUUCUUCUCAUAUCAUUGUGCAUAGUUUGCCAGCUAAUUCAAAUCAAGUGGAUAAGCUGUCAACCAGGUUCCAACCACAAAAAACUGGCACAGAUGUUCUCGCAGGUGCUGCAGAUAAAGUUGAAGAACUCAGUGAUUUUGUGGUUUGUCAUGCUACUAAUGCGGAUUCGGAAAUUCAGGUUCAUAGGGAAAUUUCUCCAAAUUUUGAUUCAAAAUGUUAUGAAGUUGAAAGCAAUCAAGAUUUACCUGACCUGUCAUUACCACCAAUUAGUGAAGACAAUAUUAUAACAUCGAAUCAUUCAAAUACAACAUCUGAUGCAUCAGAGCACAAUGGAAUAAGCCAUCUUUCCGUGGCAGAUGUGAUUAAGAAAGAAGUUAUUUCCCCUCAAAAUAAUAUUGCUCUGCCUCAGAAUGAGGUUGCUAUUUCUGAGGAUAUGAAGUGUCUGACGCCAGUAGUUGUGGAUGUUGACAGAGCAAAUGACAUGAGUGAGGUCAUAAAAGAGGUAAAGUGUAAAGGACCAGAGGAGGAUUUGAAUUCUGUUUCAACAUCUGACUGUCUGGGUCAAAAGGUUAUUUCGGGCAUUCGGUCAAGUACAUCCCUGACAGAUGGGGGAGACUGCCUUCCACAAGGAUCACCUCCAAACACGUCAAUUUGCAAUGUAUCCACAUCAGACAGUAGUAAUAUGCUUCACAAUGGAAGUUGUAGUCCUGAUGUACAUUUACACCAGAAACAAACUUUUUCUGGUCCCGUUGAUGAAAAUAAGUAUGGAUCUGAGGCAACUCAACAAUCAAGAUCAAUGGGCAAGUCAACUGAAGCGGGUCGGGCUGCUCUGCUUUAUUUUGAAGCAAUGCUUGGGACAUUGAAAAGGACAAAGGAAAGUAUUGGCCGAGCAACACGUAUAGCUAUUGACUGUGCAAAGUUUGGCAUUGCAGCUAAGGUCAUGGAAAUUCUUGCCCACAAUCUUGAAAAUGAAUCAAGUCUGCAUCGGAGGGUAGAUUUGUUUUUUCUUGUUGACUCUAUUGCACAGUUUUCUAGAGGUUUAAAAGGUGAUGUUUGUUUAGUUUAUUCCUCCGCUAUCCAAGCAGUCCUCCCUCGACUAUUAUCCGCUGCUGUUCCUCCUGGAAAUGCUGCACAAGAGAACCGUAGGCAAUGUCUUAAGGUUUUAAGGCUGUGGUUGGAGAGAAAAAUCCUACCAGAACCCAUGGUUCGCCACCUUAUCCGGGAAUUGGAUUUGUAUAGUUCAAUUUCUGCAGGUGUCUUUUCACGACGAUCAUUAAAAACAGAGAGGGCUAUGGAUGACCCUAUAAGAGAAAUGGAGGGUAUGCAUGUUGACGAAUAUGGAAGCAACUCAAGUUUGCAGCUACCUGGAUUUUGCAUGCCCCGAAUGCUCAAAGACGAAGAUGAAGAUGACAAUGAAGAGAGUGAUUCCGAUGGAGGGAAUUUUGAGGCUGUCACACCUGAGCAUAUUUCUGAAGUACAUGAAAUGACUUCUACAAUUGAUAAACACAGGCAUAUCUUAGAAGAUGUUGAUGGUGAACUUGAAAUGGAAGAUGUUGCUCCCACUCAUGAUGUUGAAAUGAAUUCAUUUUGCAAUGUUGAAAGAGGAAAUACCUCACAGUUUGAGAAGAAUAUCUCCCUGUCCGCUGCCCCUCUACCUCAGCCUGUGCCUCAAUCUUCCCCACUUCCACCAUCAGCCCCUCCACCACCCCCACCACCUCCACCACCCCCACCACCUCCUCCCCCACCACCCCUUCCUAUGCCACACCUUGUUGCAUCUAGCUCUGAUCCAUGUAGUGCUGUAUUUAAUUCAAGAGGUCAUGCAGAAUCACAGUGUGUGAAAGACAAUCCACUUCACCCCAUGGCUCAGCCAUCGGCUGCACCAAGGAGUAACCAUCCUAGUAGUGAUGCAGUACACUAUCAUGGCUCAGAAUAUAGAGAAGUGCACAUGCCAGAGUCUACUUGCUCUUUCAACAGUUUCCCUGUACCACCAGUAAAUUAUCAACAUUCUGAUGGUGUUGCUAUGAAUAAUAGAGGAUAUUCUAUAAGGCCACCAUGUCAUGUGCCGUCAAAUCAAUUUUCUUUUGUUCACGGGGAACAUCAUGUGAGACAUCAAAGGGAGGUUCCACCACCACCACCACCACCACCACCACCUCCUUACUCCAACAGGCAACACUUUGCGGAGAACUUGGAGAGAGAGCACUUCUAUAAUAAUAAUCAUGAAAGAUUAAAACCGCCUCCAUAUGAUUACCGAGAGAGAUGGGAUGUACCCCCACCUUAUUCUGGUCCUAGAUAUCCGGACGAAGAUAUGCCUUCCCCAUAUGGGUGUCAUCCAUGUGAACCACCUAGAGUACCAGGUCAUGGGUGGAGAUUUCCUCCUCGGUCAAUGAAUCACAGGAACACCAUGCCAUUUAGACCACCCUUUGAAGAUUCAAUUCCAGUUACAAACAGAGGUCCAAACUUUUGGCGGCCUAGGUGAUAGUAACCAAGGAUCCAAGUCUGGUAUGCUUCCGAUUAACUGUUGAGUUGUCCUUCAACUAACAAUAGGGUUUGUGGUACUCAUGUUUCCCUCCUUGAUUACUAGGUAUAACUGUCUUUUUCAACCCGAACUCUGGCUUUGUUUAGGAGGGGUUUAUGGUCCAUCAUUCUGUACAUGCAGGACUCCUUGAAGGAGGAUUCAACAUAAUCUGCACAUGACUUGUGAAUGUAUCACUAGAUUUGUUGUACAUAUGUAUUUAAGCCUGUUUUGCAAAAUGCAGGGCAGGAAGAGUCAUUGUAGAGUUGUGGGAGAGGUGUAACUUUAACUUAGGUGGUGUCAAAAUUUUUCCCUGCAAAGUUUUUAUAAUUUAUUUUAUGAUAUCCCGUACAGAAUUUAGAUCAGUAUAUAUAUAAAUUUCAGUGAAUAUUUCCUGGAAUUGUUCUUAAUAGAGGAAAACUUCUCUGCCAA